AUGGGUCCGCGGGUGCAGCUUCCGCCAGAAAUCCAGCUGGCGCAGCGCCUGGCAGGGAACGAGCAGGUGACCCGAGACCGGGCGGUGAGGAAACUCCGGAAAUACAUUGUCGCCAGGACUGAGCGGGCCGAAGGUGGUUUCACUCACGACGAGCUGCUGAAGGUGUGGAAAGGACUGUUCUAUUGUAUGUGGAUGCAGGACAAGCCACUCCUCCAGGAGGAACUUGGCAGGACCAUUUCCCAGCUCAUCCACGCUUUCCAGACCACAGAGGCACAGCACCUGUUCCUUCAGACAUUCUGGCAAACCAUGAACCGCGAGUGGAUGGGCAUCGAUAGGCUGCGCCUGGACAAGUUCUACAUGCUCAUGCGGAUGGUCCUGCACGAGUCGCUGAAGGCUCUGAAGACGCGCGGAUGGGACGAGAGACAGACCGAGCAGCUGCUGGAGCUGCUGAUGACAGAGAUCCUGCACCCCGACAGCCAGGCCCCCAACGGAGUGAAGAGCCACUUCAUCGAGAUCUUCCUGGAGGAGCUGACCAAAGUGGGCGCCCACGAGCUGACGGCGGACCAGAACCUCAGGCUCAUUGGGCCCUUCUGCACGGUCGCCGCCCGGACUCAGGACUCCCUGGUUUUGCACAACAUCACUCGAGGCAUCUUUGAGGCGAUUGUGGAACAGGCCCCGCUGGCCAUCGAGGAUCUCAUGAAGGAACUGGCGGAGGAGCGGGAUGGAGACACGCCAUCCAGGGAGCCCCCUGAAGGCUCCGUCAGUGGGGCUGAGCCUGACCCAGGCAAGGAGCAGUGGGGCGACGACGACGAGGAGGACAGCGCCGGCACCGUCCUGCAGUUCGACUACGAGGCCGUUGCCAACAGACUGUUCGAGAUGGCCAGUCGCCGGGACACCCCUCCACAGAACCGGAAGCGCCUCUACAAAGUCAUCCGGAAGUUGCAGGCCCUCUCGGAAGGCCUCUUCCCCGAGGACGACAUCCCAGAAAAAGCCUACAGGAAUCCGCGGGGUGGGAGACGGGUGAGGAUGAAGAAGCGCUUGUCCGAAUCCCAGCUGCAGAACAAGAUAGGGGGAGCUGCAGAGGAGGCCUCGCGUCCAGACCCGAGCCCGGCAUCCGCGAGGCGGCGCCGGAGCGCAGGGGCCGACCCCGCCGUGCCCCGGGAGCAGCCCGGGGGCCGUGGCAGGAGAGGGGCCCCCAGGAGGCGGCGGCGGCCUUGGGCGGGCGCCAGAGCGAAGGCGGCCGAUGGCCAGGCGCCAAAGGCGAAAAGGAAGCGGGCCCUGGAGGGCCAGAAGUGAUGUCCACCAGGCGCUCCGGGGAGGAUGAGGGGACGGGACAGUCAGGCUGGGUUCCCGAGACUCUGGACACCGACCGCUCCCCGACUUACUGUGUCGGGAAGUGGCAGAGGUCAGGACUCAAGGGGGUUGGGCCCUCACUUAGCGCCUGCGUCCCAGAACGUGCUGCGGCUGUGCUGACCUCGGUCAGGCCGGCGGACCCCCGGGACUGGAGCCUCCCUGCAGGCACCCUCCCCAGGCAGGGGACCGGCUGCCCGCCGGGCGUCUGUAAAUAAAGUGCCACGCGGUGCCUACAAACCCGUCCUGCCCUGGUGCGUUUAUGCGGGUUCUCUGGGGGCGUUUGUGUUUUGCACCUGAAGUCUGUUGACGCGGUCCUCAGACACGCUCGGCAAGAUGAGGCCGAGGGUUACCAGCGUCGUCUGGACGUGCACUUCAUCAGCUCGGGCUGGGAGCUGACAGUGAACCGGUGCUUUGGGCAGGAGGGUCGGUUCCCUGCCCGCCCCUUGUCCGUGACUGAGGCAGAGCUGGAUCUGAGGUCCCUGUGAAAAAACCAGACCAGCAGGUAACAGCGAGUCAGCAUGGCCUUGGCACCUGGGAGGGAGGCUUGUCGUCAAAGGAGGACCAGCGUUGGCCUCCCAGGAAGCGAGGCAUUUCACCUUUAAUGUUUAACAUGGACAUUCUUCUGGUCAGUGCGCCCUCUUCUUUAAUAAUUACAGCGGAUGGACAGUGUAUGUUUGAAAGGCCACAAACAGGCUGCUCUAGUCCGCAUCAGAUGCAAGUUAGCUCAUGCAUAAGCCAGAACGACUUCCCCAGGCCUCAGUAUGUGAACAUUCCUUUCACCACCCCAAAGCGGCUUCAGGAGACGUCCACCGCAGACUGCCGGCGGGCAGGGCUGGCUAACGGGCGAGGUGACCUGGCUGAUGACCCUCGAGCCGUCACUUCCUCCCCAGCUGGGACCCUGGGAGGGAGGGCGCUGCUGCUAUUAGCGCUGUUUUGUGGGUGCGGGCAGGUGUUUUUUUUGUUUUUUAUUGGAAUUUCUUUGAUCAAAAAGUAUGGAAGCAGCCAUACUAUAGAAGUUUCUGGGGGGAAAGAAGCAGCCGUCAUUCCUGAUUGCAGUUCUUAAACCAGUGCCAUUCUCCUGUCACUGUUCUCAGGCCACGUUGUAUGAACAUCUCCCGUGUCUUCAGGAUCCUUCAACUGUAACCGUGUUACGUAGCUGUGGGCACUGGUGGGCUGUGGGUUGCAGUUGCUCUGAUGGGCAGUGUUUCUCCGGUGUGAGGAAACGUUCCCAUCGGGCAAAAUGAGGAAAUUAAAUACGAACGCCAGCCA